AUGCCGGCAACUUUCCGAAAUGCAUUCUUUAAAAGUUCCUUUAAACUAAGGUCACAGGACACCUCGUGUAAGAUCAGGCUUUGUUUAAACCUCUGCUUUCUUGCAGUGAAUUGCUUGGAUCAACAUGUCCAGAAGUGUCCGGACAGAGUGGCUUUGAUUUGGGAGAGGGAUGAGCCUGGAUCUGCAGUGCACGUUACAUACAGGGAACUCCUGGACAUGACUUGCCGUCUCGCCAACACCCUGAAGAAGUACGGGAUACAGAAAGGGGACAAGGUUGCAAUCUAUAUGUCCGUGUCUCCCCUGUCUGUGGCAGCCAUGCUGGCGUGCGCCAGGAUUGGUGCCGUUCACACUGUGAUCUUCGCUGGAUUCAGCGCAGAGUCCUUAGCCGGGAGAAUCAUGGACUCUGGAUGCAAAGCAGUCAUCACCUACAACCAGGGAGUCAGGGGCGGCCGAAUCAUAGAGAUGAAGACAACUGUGGAUAAAGCUGUAAAGAACUGUCCGAACAUCAAGCAUGUCUUUGUGGCUCAGAGGACAGAGAACAAAGUCCAGAUGGGUGUCUGCGAUGUUCCCCUUGAAGAUGAGAUGGCCAAGGCAGCUUCCGUGUGCACUCCAGAGAGCAUGGACAGUGAAGACAUGCUCUUCAUGCUGUAUACUUCGGGCAGCACGGGGAAACCCAAAGGAAUUGUGCACACGCAGGCCGGAUACCUGCUCUAUGCUGCUCUCACACACAAGUAUGUGUUUGACUACCAGCAAGGUGAUGUUUUCGGCUGUGUGGCUGACAUUGGCUGGAUCACAGGACACAGCUAUGUUGUGUACGGACCACUCUGCAACGGAGCCACCUCUGUGCUGUUUGAAAGUACUCCAGUGUACCCCGACCCAGGUCGUUACUGGGAAAUGGUACAAAGGUUGAAAAUUAAUCAAUUUUAUGGAGCACCUACAGCUGUACGCCUGCUGCUGAAGUAUGGAGAUGAGUGGGUGAAGAAAUAUGACAGAUCUUCCUUAAAGACCCUGGGAUCAGUGGGAGAGCCCAUCAACAACGAAGCCUGGCAGUGGUUCUACCACGUGGUGGGAGACGGGCGCUGCACUCUCGUUGACACAUGGUGGCAGACAGAAACUGGUGGCAUCUGCAUUGCCCCACGGCCUUCAGAGGAGAAAGCUGAGAUCAUUCCAGCUAUGGCUAUGAGACCCUUCUUUGGGAUUGUUCCUGUGCUGAUGGAUGAGAGUGGAAAGGUGAUAGAGGGAAAUGAUGUGUCUGGUGCGCUCUGCAUUGCCCAGCCAUGGCCUGGCAUGGCCAGAACCAUCUAUGGAGAUCACCAGCGGUUUGUUGAUGCCUAUUUCAAAGCCUACCCAGGUUACUACUUCACAGGCGAUGGAGCGUACAGGACGGAGGAAGGCUAUUACCAGAUAACGGGGCGCAUGGAUGAUGUCAUUAACAUCAGUGGCCACAGGCUUGGGACGGCAGAGAUAGAAGAUGCUAUGGCUGAUCAUCCGGAGGUCCCUGAGACGGCUGUGAUUGGGUAUCCGCAUGAGAUCAAAGGAGAAGGUGCCUUUGCUUUCAUAGUGGUAAAGGAAGAGACAACUCAGAAAGAUCGUGUCAAAGAAGAGCUCAAAACCAUCGUCGCUUCCAAGAUAGCAAAGUAUGCUGUGCCUGACCACAUUCUGGUGGUGAAACGCCUGCCCAAAACUCGAUCGGGGAAGAUCAUGAGAAGGCUGCUCAGGAAAGUGGUUACUGAACAGUCAAGUGACAUGGGAGAUACCAGCACGCUCGAUGAUCCAAGCGUCAUCACGGAGAUACUAGAUGCUUACCAGAAAUACAAGAAGGAGAAGAGUUCUUCCUAGCAAGCAGCUCUAGAAUCUCUGCCCUCAGGAAAUAUGGAGGGUCUAAAAUAACCACGCAAACAGCAUGUUUUUUUCUUGCUGUUUUUUUGCAAAACUCUGUUCCCUUCUAAAAGAAAAAUAUUUUCUCUUGCACAACAUCACUCAAGAUGUCCUGAGCUAGGAGCAAUCUGCAGUCUUGCAUAAUCAAUUUGCUUUAACUGAGCUCCCUUUGGCUGCUUUUAGACCUGACGUAGAGCAGCUGUUGGGGUUUCUAUAGGCAAUGAUGAAAUUAAGAGUAACUGAGGCAAAGUGAAGAUAUUAAUGUUUCUCAUUUUAAUGUUCCUGUAUAGGGAAAGGUUUUAUACAAUACUUCUGCUGUUUUAAAAGCAGCCCUGGAAUACACUCCUUCAAUGUUUCCUUCAGCUUGGAUAUCCAAGUUCAAGUAGUUGUACUUAACUGCAACUCUGGUGCCUCUUCAGCAAUGGUGGAUAUUCUAGUAGAUAUUUUACAUGUGUUAGUAGAGAAAUGAGAAGAGCAUGGCUAAUCUGAUUUGAUGAUUGUCUUUUUUUGUUAUUCAUUUGUUCUGAUACCUCCUUGGGCUUUCCUUCUAAGGACUUCUUUGCCCAAGGUGGGGAGCCUGUGUCCUUUCCUGCCCCAUCUGGGCAACCCGGUACUAGCAGUUGGUGCUACAGGACUGAGCCUUUCCCUGCAGUCCCUCCAUGUCCUCAACACAUU